CGCGCAUUGUACAGCGAAUUUCUUCAUGCACAGCAAAAGCAAACAUGGCGUCCACCACUGAUACUCAAAGUGGCCAAGUAAGCGAGAGUCAAGACACGGAUAAUGCAGCUAUUCCGGAAAAUGGGGUGGUGGCUGGAGGGGAAGGUGACCAGCAGCCAGCACAACCACAACCUAACAUGUGGCAGAUGGUGAAGGGUAUGGCAUUCCGCAUGUUCAUCAUCUAUAUGAUUAUGAGCUUCUUCAGAGGUAGAUCCAGCAGUACACCGGCCGACACACCAGCAGGCGAACCAGGCCAAAUAGCCACUAGACCAGGCACCAACCUUUUUUCUACUGGAACUCUCAUGGAUCUGAGAGUAUAUGUAUCGGAGGAGGAGAUCUUUACAGAGUUUAAUAACUCCCAGUUUUUAUUUUGGGAGAUUGAAGAAUUAGAGUAUGGAGACUGGGAAGCUGGUGAAAAGGGUGAUGGAACAUUUGAAUUGGAUGGACAAAUUCAAGCUACAGAGAGUAUGAUGAACAAUGCAUCAAUAUACCUCCAUGUAUUCUUCACAAAAUCAGGGUAUUCCCCAGACCCCAGACAGAGGGGAAAGUAUGCCAAAAAGUACACUGUGUCAAUCUCAAAAAGAAUAAACAAAUUCAAGAAGAGGCGUUUCCAGAAGACAACAAAUUUGUUGACCGGAGAAACAGAGGCUGACCCAGAAAUGAUUAAGAGAGCAGAAUCAGAGGGACCAGUUGAAGUUCUGUCUCACUGGCAUCCUAAUUUGACAAUUUCUCUUGUCCAUGAUCAUUCACCAUGGAAACAAGGCAGUGUUCCUUCACCCCUAGACAAAAUGAUCAAAUUCCAUCCUUCUGGCGACUAUUAUCCUAUUGUCUUCAUCAAUGACUACUGGAAUCUUAACAGUGAAUACCAGCCCAUCAAUGAAACAACAGAGGAAUUACCAUUUCGACUGACCUAUACACCCAUGGGUCUAUUCAAGCUUCAGUUCUAUGCUGCACAGACCAUGAGGAAUCAGUGGUCUGCGCUUCUCGGAGAGGACAAAGGAAAUGAAGAUGAGGAAGAAGAUGGUCUCAAGAGAGCCAUCUUAGAAACCAACCCAUACCUGCUUGGUCUAACCUUUGCUGUGUCCAUUGUACAUAGCGUCUUUGAAUUCCUGGCAUUCAAGAAUGAUAUCCAAUUCUGGAACAGCCGUAAAUCUAUGGAGGGCCUGUCCGUACGUUCUGUAUUCUUUGGUGUGUUCCAAUCCCUUGUGGUACUACUCUACAUCUUGGACAACGAGACUAACUUUGUAGUCAAGGUCAGUGUUUUCAUCGGUCUCCUCAUCGACUGCUGGAAGAUCACCAAGGUCACCAAUCUACAGUUUGACAGAGAGAGUUUAAUCCUAGGAUUCAUUCCAAAGCUAAAAUUCGCUGACAAAGUCUCCUACACAGAAUCAAGUACAAAGCAUUACGACAAGAUGGCGUUCAAGUACCUGUCAUGGUUACUAUUCCCUCUGCUGGCUUGCUUUGCCGUCUACUCUCUCUUCUAUCAGGAGCAUAGAGGCUGGUACUCAUGGGUGCUCAAUAUGCUCUAUGGAUUCUUACUUACAUUUGGUUUUAUCAUGAUGACACCACAACUCUUCAUUAAUUACAAAAUGAAGUCUAUAGCACAUCUUCCCUGGCGUAUGCUGACUUACAAAGCACUUAACACCUUCAUCGAUGAUAUAUUUGCAUUUGUAAUCAAGAUGCCUACACUCUAUCGCAUUGGAUGCCUUAGAGAUGAUGUCGUCUUUCUCAUCUUCUUAUAUCAAAAAUACAUCUAUCCAACUGACUACAAGCGAGUGAAUGAGUUUGGUACUACGGGUGAAAUGCACGCAGCGGUAGACCCAAAUGCAGCAGUCAAUGGGGGCGCCACACCUUCUAUUGAGGCUGCAGAUAAGUCGAGUCAGGAGAAGAAGGACGAUUAAGUUUAGGCUCGAUUUUAUUUCUUUGUGUAUUUGAUGGUGCUGUGAAUGUCCCUCUCUUACAAUAGGAAUUUGUACCAUGCAUGGGGAAAGAAUGACUUGAACCCUUUGCUAUUCUCUCUCUCUCUCUCUCUUUCUCUUUCUCUUUAUCUCUGUCUAUCUCUCUCUCCAUCUCUCUCUCUCUCCUGUAUACCCAUUCAUCAUCUUGAGCAUGAACAUAACAUUUAGUUGGUUUGGGGUUGGUUGUUGUUGGUUUAUUCUACAUAACUUUCCCAGCAAAGAGUGAGUGUGUGUAAGUAAGAUCAAAGUAGUUUGUUGUGCAACCCUGUUUUCUCUCCGCAUUAGAGAUCACAGACAGUCUUGAGUUGCUGUGCACUUCCUAUGAUUAAUAAUACAAAAAAAUUGUCAUGCAAUAUUUGUGCAAGAAGUCAUCAUUAUGUCAUCAAUAAUAUCUUGCCUGAUUGGGUAUUUCAUUGUUGGACAUUGGUAGUAAUUAUUCGGCUUGCAUUAAUGUGAUCUUUUUAUACAGUACAGCAACGUUUGAUGGUUGUGUGUAAAGUAACAAGUAAAGAAACAUAUAUCUAAUGUUUACCAAUACUCUAAGAUUAGUUAGUGCUCAUAUCCAAAGGCAGUAUGGGUUCAAGGACAAGAGAUUGGAUUUAUAGUGUUUUAUCUUGUAUUGCAUACAUUUUGAUGCCAUACUUUGUUGUAUCAUGGCAGCUCAGUGCAGGGCCCUCGAGGAGAACUGUAUCAAUACUGAUGAGGCUACCCUGGGUAAAAAUAACAUAUCAUUAUUAUUAUUGGAAGAGUCAUGUAUAGAAACAUGUUUUUAUCCAGGGGAAAUGGGGGUACUUUCGGAUUAGGGAAUAUGUAAGGUAUAUGUUUUUGUACUUUUUAAAAUAUUUUCUUGAAUUCCAUGUUCUGAAAUGUAAAUUCUUAUGUUAGAAAUCAUGAAUUCAUGAUGAGCGCAAAUUCUUGGAAUGAUGGAAAUAUUUCUUGUAUUUGAAAGGGGAUAAUGAUCUGAUCUCCAGUGUAAUCCUUCUCCCUUGUUUGAGUGGGUAUAUUGAGUAUAGCUAUGUAAUUAGUAACUUUGGGGUGUUUUUUUUGUGGGUUUGUGAGGUAUGUGAAUGUUUUUUUUGGGGGGGGGGGAUGGGCUGGAAAAUGUGAAAACACAUUUGUCAUUGAAGUCUUGUUUUUUUAGAAAAGUAGAGCCACCUGUCAAAACUUUAUUUAAACCAAAAUAUGAAAAUGUAUUUGUUCAUGACAAUCAGAGUACCAAAGAUGUGAUCACAAGAAUAAUUUGUUAAUUAGAUGACUAAGAAAACUAGUCAAAUUAGCUUACGUUGGGGGUGUGUUUUCAUUUUUUACCUGUUAUGGAUUUUUCAUGUUACAUAAUGAAACUCAUGUAUUAUAUUUUGUUCAAUUAAAUGAGCGUUAUGAGGUAAUUUUUUCACAUGUUUUGUAAUCAAUGUCUGUAUAAAGUAAAGAAAUAAAUGGAGAAAUUUGAAGAUUAUUAUGAAUGGACCUUUCCACUUUAAUACUUGCACUUCGAUGGGUCUUAUUCUAUUCUCCUUUACUUGUGAUUUCAAUUUAUACCUGUAUAUAUACACCCAAGUGACAAGUAUAAAUAUGUUCAACCAAUUCUUCUAUGUAUAUUUUGUCCACUAUUUGUGAAACUUGUUUAAUGAUCUGGUUUUAGCCCUCUGUUUUUAAAAAAUUGAUGUUUGUCUUGGUAAAGAUUAGAGAAAGAUUUCCUAUAUACUAGAAUGUUCCCACCAAACUGUGACUGAGGGUGUGCCAUAACAAAAAAUGAUACAAGAGUUUUCAAAGUAUGCAACCAUCAUCAAUGAGAAUCGGUAUGUUGUAUUGUUAGAGUAUCUUCUAAAUCAAAUUCAAAUUUCUUACUAACUUUUUUGGAAAAAAACAAGCAAAACAAGAAAUUUAUCUUUGUUCUGUAAGACCUUAUUUAUUCUAAAGUUAUAGGAACAAUGUUUAUCUUGUUUUUUCUUGGAUGCAGAAAUUCCUAUGAAUUCCAGGCAAUUACUGCAGCAAUGUUACCAAUGAGGUUUCAUCUGUAUAAAUGUAAUAUUUUUAAGAGAUUUAGCACAUUCGAUUCUAGUGACAUUUUUUUCUGGGACACCCUGUAUGUAACCAUUACUGAAUGUGUUGUACAUGUAUGUUCCCCAUUAGAGUUUGUUCUCCCCUUUGUUUAUAGUAGUUUCAGCAUUUUAUCAUAAGUUUAAAUUUAAACUAGUACUAUAUGUGAAACUUUAGGAUAA